AUGGGGGCGGAGACGCGUGCAUGCGGCCGGAAGAGGCGGUGGCAGCAGGGGCAGCAUGGUGCGGGGCCGCUCAGCUGCCCUUCCGACGACUCUUCUCUCUCGGACUCGGACGUCCAGGAGGCCCUCUCGAGGGGCGCGUUGAAGAAGGGGCUCAACGUGGUGCUGGCGGAGCGGCCGAAGCGGCGCAGCGACGCGGACGGCCUCAGGCAGUGCCUGUCCGAAUUCAAGCAGCAGCUAGCUUGGGUGGAAAGGCUGGAUGUGACUUCGGGCCAGGUCAUGGACCCCAGCUUAUAGAGUGCUUCUAACAAAGAUGCUGUUGAUCCUGAGAAUGAUUUCCAGAGAGAGAUGAGCUUUUACCAGCAGGCUCAGGCAGAGGUUCUGGAAGCCCUACCUAGGUUGCAUAAGCUCCAGGUUUCUACUAGAAGGCCAAAUGAUUACUUUGCAGAGAUGGCCAAAUCAGACCAAUAGAUGCAGAAGAUUUGACAGCAGCUUAAGAGUAAACAGGAAGCAAUGGAGAAGUCUGAAAAAGAGAAACAGCUCUGUGCAAUAUGGCAAGAAGGUGAGGAGGAGCUACAAAAGAGGAGAAAAAAAAAAAAAAAGACAUUGAAUGCUGUCAAGAAGUACCAGGAAAGUGUCUCUGACAAGCUGGAUUUAGAUAAAGAGCAGACAUCAUCUCAGGGGAAUAAAAAAGGGUAGUUCAAGAUAAAGAAGGGACCAAAUGCGAAAAGAUGAUACAAGAAUCAGAAGAUUGGUUUUGGUGGGAAGAAGAAGGGCUCAAAGUGGAACACAAUGGAGAGUUUUAAUGACAUAUCCAGCUUCCGGUCAAAAGUGGCUCUCAACAAAGGCCCAGGAAACAGAGGAAAAAAAGCCCUCAAUAAGAGACUUGGAAAGAGAGAAAGGCAGAAGAUGAAGAGCCAAGCGUAG